GGCGAUUCCUUUAUUGUAUAUCCAGUUGAAGUACUUAGUACUGAAUACGUAUCUGUUAAUUUGAAUUCAAAGGUUGUUGCAUAUCAGUCAAUGAGUACAAUCAUCGCUGUAAAUGACCAGACUGUUGUUCACCUAAGUUUACCUGUCGGUUCUUCAGUAACGUAUAAUGGCGAUACCUAUACAUUUGGAAGUCAGCUAUCGGUCAAUUUGACAAAAUAUGAGAUAUUUCAGUUUUCAUCUAAGGAUGAUUUAUCUGGUACAACUAUAUUGUCAAAUUAUCCAAUAGCAGUUAUCAGUGGUCAUCAGCUUGGUAAUCCAUCAGUGAGUGUGUCUGCAACUAUAGAUAUGAUCCUGGAAAUGCUCAUUCCAUGGAAGUAUUGGUCGACACAUUAUAUUGCAAUCAGUAACCCUGUGUUUAACUCCGGAUACGGCGAACUUAUUCGUAUUUUUACGCUGUGUGAGAAUGCUACUGUAAUAGUUGACAAAUCAGGAGUUCAUUCACAAAUCAAUGUCAGUCAAGAGUCGUUUUAUGAGUUUCCAUUGGCAUUAGCGGAAGCAGCAGUUAUAAGCUCGGACAAACCCGUGCUCGUUUCACAAGUAUCAUCUUCUCAUCCUUAUGCUGGCUCUCAUAUAGGGGAUCCGAGAUCAGUCUUACCGGCACCAGUAGACUCCUGGCUGAAUGAAUACACUUUUAGUACACCUGGAAGGUCUUACGGUGGAAGUUUUUAUCAUGGACUUGUUCUGGUGGCCUAUAGUACGGUUCUUGCUGAAAUAACCUUAGACAACGAGAGUCUAGAUCCAUCCAUUGUCUGGUCUGAAAUCGCAGAUACAAAUUUGAAUUAUACAGUUUUACCGCUAUCUCAAGGAGCUCAUACAUUGAAAUGCAUUGGACAUUUAAAAUGUUGGGGAUAUGUUUUUGGAAUUGGUGUGUACGAAGAAUAUGGAACAUCUAUUGGCCGGAGUUUUACAAAGAUUAAGAAAACGGAUACACUAUUUAGGGGGAAAGUUGUGAUAGCAUUGGAUUUGAUAGACGAGCAUGUACUCCUGACAACACCAGUGUUAAGUACAAUAACACAGUCUCGCACUGAAUGCGCCAAAAUGUGUGUGUUGGCUUCUUGUUCUUUCCUUUCCUUUCGGUCUGCGGAUGGAGUAUGCUAUCUAUAUACAGAGGAACAAAAGUGUAGUCCAAAGCAAGAACCACCAAAUUUCAGGCGUUAUUACAUCAGAGAAUAGUGAAGGAUUUGUUACCCUUUAUUGAAAAUGUUCACAUUGAAUUUUUAUGCUAUUUACAUGGGACUUUUAUCUUAUAGAGGAUGGUUCAUCAAUUUUAAAUGAAGAAUGUUUGUAGAUAGUCCGACUUGGUACAGUCAAACAUAAUGUGCAAUAAAAUAACCACAAGGGUUUGUGGAAUGAAUCUCCUGAAAACAAUGAGUUUUAAAUUGAUUUGUAAAUAUAUUCUUUCUAUGCGAAUUUCAUGCUUGUAGCAGGAUGUGCACAAUUUGACUGAAAUAUGCUUGUAGUCGCUGCACUUUUAAUACUAUUAUUUUAUAUUUUAUUUUGAAAAAUGAGGAUACAGGGGCAUUAUGUAUAUAAAUCAAUUAUUGUUAUUGUAAUAUAUCACGGAAAAGAACAAGAACGCUUUAUAAAAAAAUGAACUGAAAGAAUUCAAGAUUUAAUAUCACUAGAAACUAAAAAGAUUUAAGCAAAAAAUAAUAAUAUUUAGAAAAAGGGGAUCCAUUCCAAAAAGAGCAUAUGAUUACCGUUAGUUUUGUGGGCACACCUCUUCGUUUACACUUAAAACCUAAAAGUAAUACUCAACUGAAACCCACUCCGUUAAAGAUUAUUGCUAAUAUGAACAUAGAAAUGAAAAACAUAUUAUAAUUUGGAAAGUAGAAUCAAAAGCUGUUUCCGAAACGAAAAUGUAUGAUAGCUCGUGAAAAUGGACUUCAUACGUUCAGUAUCCAAACAUCAAUAUAUUAAGAAAGAAGAAAAAAAAACACACAAGACUAACAAAUAAAAGGCCAGAGGAUCUUGACUUUGGACAGGCACAAAAAAUGCUGCGGGGUUAAACCAUGAUGGCUUUCUAACUGAUGUAAAGCUCAUGUCUCCCUUAACUUGUUAGAUAUUUUUGCAUGUCUUUGGUUUAAUCUGCAAACUUAAUCUAUUUUAGUGAUAUCUUUAAAAAGUAAGCGAAAUACCAACUUAAUUACAUUCUUAUAAUACUGAAAAAAACCUCACCGAAAGCGACGAUAGAAACAAACAAGACCACAAAACACUACAUAGAAAUCUUAAGACUGAGCAUUAUGAACACCAUUAAAACAUGUAAAAAUGGU